AUGGCUUGGCUCAGCUUGGCUUGGCUGCGUCUGGACACUGGCUUGGCAGGUGGCAUCAACUUGGUAGCGGGCGCCGAGUUGACAGGUUGCAGAGGGUGGUGUGCUCGACUCAAUUAUCUUGCGGACCAAUCAGUACAGUUCCGACGAUCCACAAUGCCCGUAAACCAUUCCAUCAAGGCUAGGGCAAUGCGGGUAAACGUCGAACUUGUGUUCAAGAUGAGCUCUGCUUUGGUUGCUGGCGGCGGCGCCAGCGAGCAAGACCAUGACGGCCGCAUCGGUUGUAAAACGGGGACAAAGAAAAGAGUUAUGCAUCGUGUUGAUCUCGGCAAAGGCUUUUUUGCUGCGUCGACCCUUCUUGGCAGCCUAGUUCGGCUGGCACAACGCGUUGGCACGAAAUCAGAGAAUCAUCUGCAGCCGCAGACCUCGACGCUCGCUUCUGAUCCCAACAUAGCAUACUGGCUUGGAUGGUCGACCACAACAUAA